AUGGCAUGGAUCAGCUUGAUGUUCUUCUCAACCAUCCGUCUUACUGCGGGUGUUCUGGUCAUUGUUUCAGAGCAGAAACCAAGCACCGGAGUGGAAAUUGCAGCGUUGAUUCUCCUCAACGCCGGUGUGUUCCCAUUAAUUGCAGCAACAAUGGGUUUUAUUCGAAUCAUUACUGCUAUCGAGAAGAACAUGAACCCACGAUUAAGUCAAGGCUUGCGCGUGUCUCGCUUGUUAUUCAUUGUCGGCAUUGCUUUAACCGUCGCGGGCGGUGUCUUAGAGGGAAGCGACACUACCAGUGAUGUCUUGAUCGGCUUCAAACUAGUCAAAGCUGGCUACAGUAUUGUAGUCGUCUUUGCAGCCAUCUUGUUGGCUAUCCAAGCCUAUUUCUGGACACAGUCCUCGCUGUUUUCGAACACAAGUCGAACGAUUCUCAAAGCCAUGCUGUUUGGUACUCCAUUUAUUAUUGUGCGCAUCACAUACCUAUUUAUGUCGGUGCUGCAUGCGACAGACCUCAGAUGGAAUGCCCUACGUGGCCCCAUUGCGCCGUUUUUAGUCAUGGGGUUAUUGAUGGAGUACUUUGUUGUUGGCUUUUAUCUGGCCACGGGUCUUAUGAUCCCACCCAGGGCAAUCCCCUCCAAAGAAAGCAUUCCUCUUUCUGAAGAAGAGACAGUGUGA